AUGGUUGAGUUAUGUUUGGCUUUGAACAUGACUGGAAAGACACUACAAAACAAGGGGCAGAUUGAUUGCACAAGAGGUGUGAGUAGGGAGCAGAGAGCCAUCAAUAGAAGGAACAAACUUGAGUCAUUGCUUUCAAGGGGAGGUGAUGGUCCAAAACGGAAGACACGCUUCAGGCACUUAGCAGAACAGAUAAGAAAAUAUGAAGAGUGUCGGGUGGCGAUGGAAAAUUUGGAGAAGAAUCGAUGUGCUAUUGAGGAGGAACUUUUUGGUGAAGUUCUUUAUGAUGGAGAAGUCCCGACUUUUGUAGAGAAAUCAUUUGGUUAUCGUGUGGGUCCUGGUGAAGUUCUUUAUCGAACCAGUGAUAAUGUUAGAGAUUUGUCUUCCAUUGUUGUCUCUCUAGCUUUGUUUGAUGGAGAUAAGAUGAUAUUUGCAUGCUCGGGGAUACCUUUACCACGCGGGACAGCUAGACUACACCUAACAAGAUUUGUGACUUCGGCACAUUUGGUUAGAGAGUUCAAGCGUUAUAGGAACAGAUAUGAUAAAUUGAGGGUUGCAGUGCGCCUUUAUGAUAAAACUACUGAUGGGUUCUUGGGACUAUAUGAUGGUGAUAUUGCUAUUGUCACGUGCUUGGGCCUCCUGGAUGUUGAUCCUAUAGAUCUGAAUUUUAUGGCAACACCUGAAACAUAUGCGCCUCCCGAUGAUAGUGUGCUAGCUGCUGGGCGUGCCUACAUUGUUCCCAGUGUGAUGGCCAUGCAUGGGUCCCCAUGUAGAGUAUGCGUCAACACCUGGAUUCCUGAUCAUCAACAUAUGAAUACAGCUGUACUUGGAGGGCCACUUCUACAAGAUGCAAGAUUUCUUGGGAUGAUCUAUGAAUUUUAUGAUCAUGGUGAUACAAUUGUGAGAUAUCGCUUCCUACCACUGGAAUUACUUCGUGAGCGCUUGGAACAUUUUGGAACAUUUUGUAAUGCUUAUUUAUAUUUUGAAUAUAAGUUGCCUGAAGGUGUAUCAAGCGUAGUCCCAUCAGGGUUUAUGAAAACUAUUAACAGGAUAAAAGCUCGUGGCUAUCCCAUGCCACCACCACUUGUGCUUGAAUUCAAUGGGCGAUUGCUUAAUCAAUUUGAAGAACGCUUUGGUGAAUUACUCGCUUGGAAAGGGUUUCCUUAUGGUCAUCAAACAAGUUUUCCUUUGGAGCGUGUCUGGGACCGACUUCCAAAAAAAGUUGUGAAAGAUAUAUCUCGUUGUGUUGUCUCACUUACUUCAUUCAAAGGGAAUGUGAGGUCUUUUGUAUGCACAGGCUUGCUUAUAAAGUGGCAUGGAAGCAAAGCUACGCGCACUGUCAUCCUGACUUCAGCCAGUUUGGUUAGAGAUCAUCAUAACGAAGAUGUCAUUGAUAAAACCCUGACGAUUGAGGUGUUUCUCCCACCGAAUCAACGUGGCAGUGGGACAUUGGAAUUCUAUAAUUUAAGCUAUAAUAUUGCUAUUGUCAGUGUCAAGAAGAAUUUCAAUGCUGUUCGCAAAGAAGACAUUUUCAGUAAAACAGCACAAAAGCCAUCUGAAAAAGUAGUAGCGAUAGGACGUGAUGCUCUGUAUGGACCAUUGAUGGCCACGAUUGGUGAAGUGAAGCGGACCAGCAAGGGCAGCAAUGUUGUUUGCAAAGGUAUUUGGGUGUCCACUUGUAAAAUCAAGAAGGCUGGGAUUGGAGGUCCUCUUAUUAAUUUUGAUGGGGGUUUUGUUGGCAUGAACUUUUAUGAUGGAACUGAAGUAACUCCUCUCUUGCCGAAGCAUAAGAUUGUUCAAGUUUUAAGAGGAGUGAUUAAUUUCCCGCUACCAUCUGAAAGUGAAUGUGACCAUCCUGAACUCAUAGAUGUUGGUGGGGCGACCAAGGAAAACAGGUGGCCCGUGGCAAAGCUAUAUUGGUAUCAUGGUGACCUUGACGUGAGUAGGUACCAUGUGCCCGAGCUUAUUGGAAGGCAACUGCAUUAGUCGUCUCAUGUUGUUGGCAGUCUCUUGGAGUAUCAAGUUUUCAUAGUUAUGGUCAUUUUGCAAGUAAUAUCUAGCGGACCUCUAUUGUUAUUCUAAACUAUCUAGCAAGUAAUUGUCAGACCUGUCUAGAAAAUAUGCAAGUCUGACUGGA